AUGGGGAUCGAACACCUUAAGACUCGUCAGAAAUUAGUCCUUAUCAGUACAGGCUUCACGUGGCGACUUGUCUUGGCUGAUGGCACAGUUGAGGCAGCGAUUGCGCAGAAAUUUAGCCAUCAUCAUUGCGGCACCCGACUGAAGCAUGCGCGAAAGUGUAAAGAGCUGCACGAUUAG